CGUUCCCAACAAACUACAUCUCUCCAACCUCAAAUCUCUUCCAACCUCAUCAUCACCAUUUCUCAGUUCAAAAACCUAAUGGAUCCUCCCUACAAAACCCUAGAAAUCAUCCGCAACAACACCACCUCACCCUCCGUCUUCCACCUCAUCCUCAACAGACCCUCCCACCUCAACGCCUUAUCCCUCGACUUCUUCUCCGAACUCCCCGUAGCCCUCUCCUCCCUCGACCAAAACCCAGACGUCUCCGUCAUCAUCCUCUCCGCCGCCGGCAAACACUUCUGCUCCGGCAUCGACCUCUCCUCCCUCUCCACGAUCUCAACCCAAUCCUCCUCAGGCACCGACAGAGGACGCUCCAGCGAGGCUCUACGACGCAGGAUCAAGUCCAUGCAGGCGGCGAUAACGGCCGUGGAGAUGUGUCGGAAGCCUGUCAUCGCCGCGGUGCACGGCGCGUGUAUUGGAGGAGGGGUUGAUUUGGUUACGGCUUGUGAUGUUAGGUAUUGCUCAGAGGAGGCCUUCUUCUCGGUCAAAGAGGUUGAUCUGGCGAUCGUUGCGGAUCUUGGGACGUUGCAGAGGUUGCCGAGGAUCGUUGGCUAUGCGAAUGCUAUGGAGUUGGCGUUGACGGGGAGACGAUUCUCUGGGUGUGAGGCGAAGGAUAUUGGUCUUGUUUCUAGGGUUUUUGGAUCUAAGUUGGAGCUUGAUAAAGGGGUUAUGAUUAUUGCAGAAGGAAUAGCAGCGAAGUCUCCUUUAGCUGUGACGGGGACGAAGGCAGUGUUGUUGAGAAGUAGAGAGAUGAGUGUAGAACAAGGACUUGAUUAUGUUGCAACUUGGAACUCGGGUAUGCUUAUUUCGGAAGAUCUUAAUGAAGCUGUCUCUGCUCAGAUGAUGAAAAGACAACCUCGUUUCUCUAAACUGUGAUUAGAGAUCGAGUUUCGGUUGGUUUUUUCUUUGUCUGCCUGGUAAGGAAACAAUAAGGUCUUUUCUUGGAAGAACUUUUUAAAAAAGUAUUUGUAAUAUAGUUUCUACACGAGAUCGAAUAAUCUGAUGACUUUGCUUCGAGUCCAUUGUCUCGAUCGUUUAAAAUUUCCUCUACGUUAAAAUUCAAUUUGUUGAUUCCUAUAAAUUCA